UGCUUGCAGUUCAGACACAGUUACUGAUAAGUUCGUGCUCAAUACAACACAUAAGUUUAUCUUCCUUCGUGUGUUGUUGCUGAACAUUACAUGUUUUUGUUAAGAUCUCUAAGAAGUAAUAGAUCAGAGAGAACAUGGAGAAAUUGUUGAUCUCUUUGCUUCUCACUAUUUCGUCACAUUUAGUGAAAUGCCAGACCAUUAACGAUUGCCCGCAGAAUCUUGCAAGGGACUCUUCUCUCAAAGUGUUCGGAAACGCUUGCUACCAAUUUGUUUUGACUCAAACAAGGACGCACUCCGAGGCCAGGCAAAACUGUCAAAGUCAUGGCGGGACACUGGCGCUGGUCAAGACGCCGGAGAUCCAGAACUUCCUGUACAAUGCGCUAGUGCACGACUACAAGGACGUCACCGACAAAGUUUGGAUUGGCCUGAACGACAUUGACAAGGAGAAUGAAUUCAAAUGGGAGGAUGGAACGCCGCUGAGCUAUAGCAAUUGGGGUCACGUGUCCAGUUCCGAUGCCGACGACUGCGUCCUGAUGGACCUCCGUAAUUCCGGCAAGUGGUCCGAAUUUCUAUGUGACCAGUCCUACGUCCUGAUAUUUUUCCCCCAUUACGAGAGGCACCCUUACAUUUGCCAGUACAAUCUGCAGCCCCACACUGACACCUCAACGGCCACCAUCACCUCCACGAUAGUCUCUGGCAUCUCGGACACCACCGUGCUGAUCAUGUCCAACUCCUGUCCGGCAUUCUCCUGCGACUUGGACUGCGGGAUGGAUGGAUUCCAUAAAAAUGAGACCACUGGAUGCUCUGAGUGUAAAUGUGCUGUUUGAUGUGAUGUUUGUUCAUUUUAAUAAACGAACCCAAUACACUGA